AUGCAGAACCCUUUCGAUAGAUCUAGGGCAAAUGCUUGCCAGUGGAGUUUGUCCCACAGCGUCCCAGAUGCCUCUGUUCCUAUGCCUCAUUUUGAAGUCAAGACCUUUGCCUUCACCGUUUCUGACUCCGUCAAGUCUUCCAUCAACCUCAGUGAAUUGACAGCCCCAUUGGUUCGUGGGGAUAAGAUCUAUGUCAAGAUUAAUGACGGGCCCAAGCGUUUAGUUCCUCUCGGAAAGGGUUAUUUUGAUAUUCACUUUAGCACUGAAGAGGACAUGCGACGCAUCUGGGGAGGGGGUACAUGCACUCUUGUUAGUGGCAUCUUUUGUCUCUCUGAAUGGAAGCCGAACUUCAAGCCUAGUGAUGUCAUGCCCCAAACUCAUGCGCAGGUCACACCUCACCGGCAUAGAUCCUCACCUCCUUAUGGAGAUAGCUCGAGUGUAGGUACUCCUUUACAACUUGAUAGGACAGCGAAGGAAAGUCAUUUUGGUUACUACUCUCGUGUCUUAGUUGAUGUGGAUUUAGCUAUUGAUCUCCCUACCUCGGUUAUGGUUGAAAAUGAGUCUUUUUGUUUUCCAGUGGAGAUUCGGUUCCUAAGACACAUUCUCAUCGGGACAAGAAACAAUGCAAAGUUAUGCGUCAGCUGUCAGGAGUAUAGAGAAAUUCAUUGUACUUCCAAUGAAGGGGAUGAUCUUUCAAUUAUUCAAAAUGGUGUAGUUGAGGUGAAUAAGGUUGUUGAUGAACAAACUGUUACUAACACCGUUAUUCAGGAGCCUUUGAUUCAAGCAGAUAUGGUGGUUAGUACAUCACAAAUUGUAACGAAUCUAGUUGACAACAACCCGUAUGUUGCUUUGGUUAAUGAAGCCUUUGAAAGGGUUGCUAUUGAGCAUAUUAAAUGCUUAGCUAAUAUUGUAAUGAAUGAGCCUAGUGUUCCUAAAGACUUAGAGCCCAUCAUGAAGCAUGCUACUCUAGGAAAUCCACAAAGUUCUUCCCUACAGUUAGAGGAUCAAAGUGCUAGCCAUCUUGGCAAGGGAAUUAUUAAUCAGCUUGAUGAUGGCGAUGAUGGUUUAGGAGCCAACAAACUCAAUUGCAAGUUCAGUUCCAACAAACUCUCUAGGUAA